AUGCUUCUCUGGUGCUUCCGUGCACCUUGCCUGCUUGUACUGUCGGGCGUUCUGGCCCAUGGCGCGCUGUAUCCGUGCAACGCCGACAUCCGCGGUAUCAACGCUACCGAUCACAUUACGCUGGAAAAUCCCUUCCAGACUCCAACGAACAUUUUCAGUAAUGGAUCUGGGACUUGGACGUGGACUCUCAUCACCAAGUCAUACCCAGUCGAUGACCACAACUCCACGGACCUUGAACAGCAUCUCCGCCUAACCAUCGAGCCUGAGGCCGACCUGGUCACGGAAAAGGCGUAUCUCGGGUGCGGUGCUAUUUUGCACGGCAUUUCGCAUCGCAGCAGGGUUGCUGGGCAAGAUGUUGUCGGAAGCGACGCUGUAUCGGGAUUCUGCAACAGCGCCCUUGCUCCUAGGUGUCAAGAGAUGUUGCUGAACGCCGCCAAGGGGCGCGUUUUCCACAAUCAAUUCAGCGAAUCUGACAGUGUACAACCCGACCGAGUCUGCGACCCACUGCGGAAUAUGCUAGACUUCAGUGAGAUGUCGGAAUGCAAGGACGAGGUUGGCGCAGACUGGUGGAUUGAGCCCUUCUUAUGGGCAGGCUCUCCACUGAUGCACGCUAGGUGCCCUAUCGAACCGGGUCCAAGCAACCUGACUCGAUCUGUUUAUACCUGGGGUCAGUCAUCAUACAACUCUACCGACCUCGCGGCAUACAACAACCUCACAACGCUCAUUGAGCCAAUCAUCACCGUUCUCUUUGUGCCAGGCCAUAAGGGCUUACGGGAUGACACAAAGUGGGCACAGGUUCACAUAAUGUGUCUCCGCACGGGUAGAAAUGUUACCCAGGGCAGUCAUCCCGCACCGGCUCAAGUUCCGACCUCUCGAGGUGAGGCAACGUACUUACCCUUCACUCGUCUACUUUUGGUAUGCUUUGCCGUCGCUCUUUCAUGGACUCUUUAG